AGAGUGCAUGUUUUGCAUAUAGUCAAGUCUGAUCUAUUUUUCCUGCUUUCAUUAGAAGGGACAGUGACCUGGCUUCCAAACUGCCUCAAAGUUAAGCUGAAGAUGAAAAGCAGCAGUGUGGUUAUUUUUAGAGCUCUACAGGCAUAAAAAUACGGCAGGACCUGUGACCCACAGCUAUGCACAGCAGAGCAUCACACCACGCGGCACUCUUCCUCAGCUAGGAGCAUCUGUGGUGCCUCAGACGCUUGCUUUUUUUUCACUCCACUCCUACAGAUGCUGCAGCAUGCAUUUGGGACCAGCAUCCGUAGCUGCCAGCAUCCUUUCCAAAGAAAAUAAGCUACAUUCAAAAGUUCCAGUGGGUAAAUGAGGAGACAUUCCUUCCCUGGAGGACACCCCCAGAGAGUGAGACCCAUCUGAGAGAAACAGCUUCAUCCCCAACUUGGGCAAACUCUGGCAACACUCCCGCAACAGACCCCUGGCUCGGCAGCCUAAAAAUGCCACUUUUUAGCUGGGUGAAAUGGCCAAGAAAUUAUUCCUACAAACAAACACGCUACGCUGGCUCUGAGGUAGUGACAAAGACUCUGCUUCGGGAGUUAAAAUGGCAUUUGAAGGAGCGCGAGAGAUUAAUACAUGAGAUCGAAAAUGAACAGAAAGUGAAAAAGACAGGCGUGGACUACAACUGGCUGAGAAGUUACCAGACUUCUCACACAAUGAUCCCAGCUACCGAACAAAGACAACUGGAAGUUCUGUGCUCACAAGUACAACCUUGUCAAGCUGGAACCGUUCUCAGCAGAUUUAGAGAACUUUUGGCAGAAAACGAUGUACUUCCCUGGGAAAUUGUCUACAUCUUCAAGCAAGUUCUGAAAGACUUUCUCAGCAGUCCUGCCAGAGGGGGUCACCAUGCUGGCCUAUGGGACUCUGACAUCACCGGUCCCCCUACCCCUGCGCUCCCAGGUGAAAGCUCUGAGAGGCCAGACAAAGAGGAGAUACCCACGAUUUCAAGCUAUGUAGACAAACAUGCCAAGAACAGGUUUCCCCCCUGUUCACACAGAGUAUGGAACCUGCCAUACUAUUACCCACCAAGCUGAGGAAUUAGCAAGACCACCUCAGAGUCACCCUUAGCACUGAGAACAAACAGUGGCAUGACUCCAAGUGUCUUGGCUUCAAUGUCAGGGUUUCCUCAAAAUUCCUGUACCGCCAACUUCUCUAAGCAGCACUAUUUUCUAACCACUCUAAAUAUUCAAUAUUUUAAUGAAAAGUAUGCUUUUAACUAAAAUACUGUCUAAAUGUUUGAAGUUUCUUAUACCUCAAAUAUGUCACAGAACUAAAGAAAUUUAAUAUGAAGUA